AUGCUGCUAAAUGAGAACAAAUACCGCGAAGCAGAGGAAGCAUCGCGCCGGGAAAUACGAGCCCGUGAUGCGUUUCUAGGCAAGGAUGAUAGGAUCACGCUUGACCUCAAACUUAAUCUGGCACAAUCACUACUUGAGCAGAAUAGACACCAGGAGGCAGGGAGUAUAUUACAAGAGGUACAACAUGUUCGUGAGAGAACUAUGGACAAGGACCAUAAAGAUACGUCUGCCAGCAACCAAUUUUUACUUCAGACAAAGCAAUUUGAAGAGCAAUACGAAGCAGAGGAAAGAUUGCGCCAGAAAAUACGAGCCCGUGAUACGUUUCUAGGCAAGGAUGACAGGAUCACGCUUGACCUCAAACUUAAUCUGGCACAAUCACUACUUGAGCAGAAUAGACACCAGGAGGCAGGGAGUAUAUUCCAAGAGGUAGAAAAUAUCCGUGAGAGAACUCUGGGCAAAAAGUCUCCUGCAGAUUCUGUAUCUCUUGCACGUUCAUUGCCUCUGGUGUAUGGCACUACAGCCAUAUCGCAGAAAGUACAGUCUCCUGCGGACUCACUGCCUCUGGUGCAUGGCACUACAGCUAUAUCGCAGGAAAUGCAGUCUCCUGUGGACUCACUGCCUCUGGUGCAUGGCACUACAGCCAUAUCGCAGGAAGUGCAGUCUCCUGCGGACUCACUGCCUCUAGUGCAUGACACUACAGCCAUGUGGGGAGCCGGGUUAAACACCUUUUUCCUAGCGCCAACGGAAAGUCGAAAGCCUUACAAUGACUCUGAAAUAUCUCAAAUAUCUACACUACUACGACAAACUAAUUCCGCUUGGAGCCGUGUCCCUCGCACCUAUAUCAUACUACGGACGAUUGAUUGCUUGCAUCACCUCGACGAACUAAUUGAUCUUGGGUUUUCUGAUUAUUGGCUCCCUGUCAAUCAAAGCAGCGUACCAGAUUGCCUAUCACCCAAGAUGCGGAGCCUCUUCCUAGGUACUCAGAAAUUGAUCUUAACGCCAUCAAUAAACCUGGAGAAGGGCGCAAAGGGUCAUCAUUGUCAUUUCGAAAGGGGCGAGUCGCUUCCCUUCGAGAGCAGAGGAGUCUUAGGUAAUGGAGGGUUUGGUCAAGUUGACAGAAUUCUGAGCCGGAUCAGCUUCAGGGAAUACGCGAGAAAACAAGUUCCGCGGAAACGAGCGUUUGGUAGACUGGACGUUGCGGCCUUGAAAAGUAUUAUUGGGGAGAUUGAGGCAAUGAAAAAACUGAAGCAUCAUCAUAUUGUGGAAUUUGUGGGAAGUUACACAGAUCCUAAAUACCUUAGUGUGAUAAUGUAUCCAGUUGCCGAGCAGAAUCUUUUUGACUAUUUGAAGGCAGCCGGUAGUGCAAACCAUGGAGAGAUACGAACUUUUUUUGGUUGUCUCGCCACCGGGCUUCAGUUUCUCCAUGACCGCCAGAUCCGACAUAAAGAUAUCAAGCCACGCAAUAUCCUCGUUGACAAAGGGCAAAUUUACCUCACUGACUUUGGCCUGUCACUGGAUUUUGAAGAUGCCACCGGUAGUACUACUGUUGGGACGGUGAAUUUCAUGACCGCACGAUAUUGCGCUCCCGAAGUGGCACUGUGGGAACCUCGAAACACGUCCUCCGAUAUCUGGUCUCUGGGCGUCGUCUUCCUGGAGAUGAUAGUUGUUCUGAAGGGCAGGACAAUAGACUGGAUGGAUGACUUUCUCAGAGCUCAUGGGUCACAUCAGACCUUUAUCCACUCGAAUCUAACUGGGCUUGAAAAGCUUUUGGCUGAACUGAAACAGACGGUGAAUCUCUCUGACAAUGUGGCCCUGGUCUGGAUACAGCAAAUACUGCAGAAACAACAUAAAUCGCGUCCAACUGCAGCAAGCCUGGCUACAUCAAUUACUCAGCCUUAUAUUCAUGGGGGCCCGGAUACUAUUUUCUGCGGGAUAUGUUGCCUUACGCCUGGUGACACAGAUUCUGAUACUUCCGAUGACCCCGAGGCGGAGAACUUUCUGCAUGAAUUUUCUUUACGCACGUGCGUACAGUAA